AUGGCAUUGGACAAAAGUAUGUCCCUUUUGGUGGUGCGCACACUCCUCAGGUCUGACGUAGGGGAUAAAUUUCUGACUUGGAGGGAUCCUGUGUUUGGAGAAUGCUGCGAGGAUAGUUUUCGGAUGCUUGCAGAUGUCUCUUUAGUUGCCCGUUUUGGAUUAUCCCAUAAAGUAUUCAACGUCGUCGUUUUAACAUCCAUAACCGCCCUCUUCCUCCUCUCACUCUUCUCACUCUGUUUCAUAUUUCAUCUCUGUUUCAAAUCAAGAACCUCUCACCAUCUCCAACGAUUCAACUCACUCUGGACCGUCCGAUUCCUACUCGUUCUCUUCAUAACCUUCUGGACCAUAAACGAGCUUCUCCGCCAACCCAUCUUCCUCCGCCGUAUCGGAAAACACCUCACCCAACCUCAACAAUCAACCCUCUGUAAAAUCCACCUCGCUUUAAGCCUCGGCUUCUUCCAACCCGCUUUUUUGGUAACCCUUCUCUUCCUCGUCGACGUUUCGAUCAAGAAAGAAACCCCAAACGGCCGAUGGGCUGUUUCUUCCGUACUGCUCAUGAUUUUCCCUCUUUUCUGUUUACAGAUCGUGGUUAUCUUCUUCGUCGCGGAGAUCGAAUCGAUUACGGUUCGAUUUCCUGAUUACUUUGUUAGAAGCUCUGUCUUCGUCGAUGGUGAAAAGACGGUGCUUUGCGCUUAUCCUUUGCUCAGUACGACGGCGUUUGGAUCGUUUGGGUUAGGGUUUUGGGUGAUGUUUUUGGUUUCGGCUUGGAGAGUGGUUUCUGUGGUGAUUAAUAAAGCUUUGAGGUUGAGGAUUUAUGGGUUGGCUUUAACGGUUUUGAUUUCGCUUCCUCUUCAGAUCGUGAUGCUUGGAUUGUCGGUGGUUUGGUCGCCGGAUCAGACGGCGUACGGCGGCGUUUCGUUGGCCGUUUUUCUUUUGACGUUUUUUUGUGCAGUCGUGGGUGAGGGUAUUUUGGUAAUUAAACCUAUUGCGGAUUCGCUGGCUGUGAGAGGACAACAGUGUUUUUCUACGUGGGAUCCUUGGAGAAGACGACACGUGGCGGUUGAUGAAAUGGUGGGUUCGUGA